AUGCUCGCCUCGGCUGUUAUUCUCUCCCUGGCUGUGCUCGUUGCUGCCGACAAGGUUCCCUUCGAGUCCAUGACCUCACCUAUUGGUGAUCUCAAGGCCCUCUCUCUCCGAGCUUCUGCUGCGUGCGACACCGGUACUGCUUGCGGUGACAGCUGUAUCGACAUCGGUGCUCAGUGCUGCUCGCAGUCAGAGGGCACCUUCUGCAGGGUCGGAUACGGCUGCCAGAGAGAUGGAUGCUGUCCCCUUGGACACACCUGCUAUGGUCCACCUUCCAACACCUGUGAAGGAGACCGUGUUAAGUGUGGCAAGUCCUGCGCCCCCGGGGGCUCUCAAUGCUGCUCCCAGAGCAAUGGUAUAUUCUGCAUUGCCGGAACUAGCUGUGUCGGCACCACCCAGUGCAGCGGGCCUCAAAGACCUGCGUCUGGAUCCGGCUCGAGCUCGGGCUCUGGUUCUGGCACCACGACCUCUGGCUCUGUGACCGCGACCUCUGAUAUCUCCGGCGGAGUUACAACGACCCAGGGCAGCAGUGCCACCAGCACAUAUUCCCUCCGUGUCGCUCCAAGUAUCAAGACCUCUGACAGUGGCAGCGGCUCUGCCUCUGGAUCCAGUUCUGCCACUGCUUCGGCAUCUGGAUCUGGAUCUGGAUCUAGCUCGGGUGACAGUACCCCUACUGCCAGUAGUGCUUCACCUACUGAUGACAAAAAGAAUCCUUCUCCUUCCCCAACAGGCGUUGGUGCUAUCAACAGCCCCAGCAUCCUGCUGGGUCUCCUAGCCGCUGUUCUUCUCUUAUAA